AUGCGACCCUCAACCAUCGAUGUCUGUCUCCGUCUUUCUGUACACACACACGCAGUGGUCCCAUCUGACCUCUUCGACGACGACCGUAAACCAUUUAUAAAAGGGGUAAAUUGUGGCUCCCCGUGGCGGAGUGAGGUCACCAAGAGAGCCAUAGGGGGCGUUGAGUCUGUGGGCAGGUUUAUGACACCGAUGAUCUUCCCUGUCAUCGUGAAGUCGGAUCACUUCGAUGAUAUGAGACGAGAUAUUACGAGAAACUUGGGAGCGGCGACAUUUGCGGAGGCAUUCCACAUGAUCUGUUCGGAGGGGGCAAACAGCUACUCGCAGUUUGAGAUUAUGGUGACCUACCUCUGGUACAACAAGCACGAUGAAUACUCGUGGCACAUCGCGGACCCCGCGAACAUGGACGCCAAGAGCCUUAACAUCGGCGACAAAAGGUACUACGAAGACGAUCGCGUCGUUGCGACGAACGUACCGGUCAUUGUGGUCAUGAAGCACUCGAAAAUCAGGACAAGCAUCGAUUCGGACACGUACGACUACCUCUGCCUGGGAAGCAACAACUUAGCGGGCAAUUGCCAAUCCCGUGUGCCGUCGCCGCUUGACGGGAGCGCGCAGACCGUGCAGUGGUCCGUCGGUAACCAAACUUGGAUGCACACAUACGAGGAACACUCCACGAAAUUAUCUCGGGCAGGGAAGGCAUUCCGCUGGCGGAGGGAAACUGCACAAGAUUGGAUUCACCCGGGCGCUGAUUGA